UGAUGUUGAUUUUGGUCGAGUUUGAUUCGUUUUGAAGGAGAAGAAUAUUCAUGUCCCUCAGAAAUCAACGCCAUUUUCAACAGCUAUGACGUAAUUCGCGGAAGAGGAAGUAGAUAGCGCUUCUUUCACAUCGUAGGUCGCUGAGCCGAGAAAAUGAGUGAAGGUACAGCAACUAUCAGGACUAGAAAGUUCAUGACGAACCGGCUUUUGUGCCGGAAACAAAUGGUUGUGGAUGUUUUGCAUCCAGGGCAACCAUCAGUUAAGAAGACAGAAAUUAGAGAGAAACUAGCAAAGAUGUACAAAAUUACAUCAGAUUUAGUGUUUUGUUUUGGUUUCCGUACUGCCUUUGGUGGUGGGAAGUCCACUGGUUUCGCUCUCAUAUAUGACACGAUGGACUAUGCAAUGAAGUUUGAACCUAAACACAGAUUAGCCAGGCAUGGACUUUUUGAGAAGCAGAAGGCCACACGCAAACAGCGUAAAGAACGUAAGAACAGGAUGAAGAAGGUGCGUGGUACUAAGAAGUCCAAAGUAGGGGCAGCAUCAGGCAAGAAGGGAGGAAAAAAAUAGAAUGCUUGCUCUGAAACUUAUGUUCAAAGUGCCUGAUUGAGAUGCUACUUUCUUACGUUACAUUGACAUCGUGGGAUUCAGCUUUGGUUCAUUGGGUUGCUAUAAGAAGCCAGGAAAUAUUCUUUGGCUGUUUGGCUGUAGACAUUGGUUUGACAGCUGAAAGGUUCAAAUAAUGGUGUUUCAAUUUCCUGUCUUUAUUAUACAUCUCCUGGUGCUUGGUAUUUAUUUACUGCUUUUCUAUGCUCUUCAUACAUUAGUUGUUAUGUAAACUUUCUGUAUGUCAUGUUUAUAUCUUCAUAACCUCUUAAGUAGAUACAUAAAAUAUUUAUAUUGUUAUUAGCAGAAAUUGGAUCUUUGU